AUGCAUUUACGCAUACCACCUGAUCCCCCAGGUGGUGAUGUGGGGCCACCUGGGGACGCGCCCGAUGAUCGUCUACUGUAUGGAGUUUUAUGCUGUGGUGGUAUCAACAGUUACCCACCGUACCGGACGGCACGGUGCGGUGCGACACGACGCUCGGGUCGUGACGGCGCGCGGUCGCUCGUCACGCGCGCCUGCGCUGUAAUGUAUGAGGCUUUUCAUUUUGCUCCCUGCCCCAACACGCUGUGGGAUGACCAUAUUUCGUUUGUCCACAAUUUCCAAACAUCGUGGUAUUUAUAUUUGAAAUUACAACUGAGCAGAUUCGCUGGCAAUCUGUCACGGAUGCCCGCUGUCCUCGCCCCUCCCCCUCCUCCCCUGCAUCCAGCUGCACCAUCACCCCCGGUAGAGAUGCGCGAUGAGUCU